GUGUCACUACACACCGUGUUAUCCACAAGAAGGUUAAUUCAGGUCGAUCAAAGAUCGAUAAGCAGCCAGCCAGCAGCUUGCAUCAGAAAUGUCGGCCUCAAUCUAUUCUCACCUGUCCUUUGCCAUACCUUUCGCCGUUAGUCUAAUUCGAGAAUUGCAGCACACAGCAGUAUGAUACAGUCAAUCGUCCUAACCACCCACAGUGUUGGAUGUCGGGUUUGAGCUGCAGUCCUUGAAUUCACACUUUAUAUUGGAUCUGACCUGCAGCCAAAAUGGACCCUGCAGCCAGUCGUGACGGUGAUGUUGUAAUUUACUCCCCUCUCAGAGGUGAGAGUCUCAGUCAAGGCUCCGGCGACCAAGACCAGUCCCCGAGCCGGAGCUAUGACAACAGAGAGCAAAGACUCUUCCAGAAGCAUCCACAACCUCGUCCAGAGAACUCGACCACAAAUUACUAUUCCUCCAUCGUAGAAAUCCCAGAAAAAGAAAUUCCCAACGGAGUCGAAUCAAAACGACCUCCUGCUGUGGACCAUGAUCACGUGAUCGUGCCGGCUGUGCUGUCCUGGGAGAACAUCACGGUGCGAGUCAAGGGGAAGAAGGGUCAGAAGUCAAGCAAGGGAACUGUAGGGGACGCCACAGUUCCGGUCCCUGAUCCUGAGAAAGCUAAGUCGAAGGGCGGCAAAAUCAUUAUUGACAAUGUGUCGGGUAUGGUCAGGCCAGGAACGCUGAUGGCAAUCAUGGGAUCCAGUGGUGCAGGAAAGUCCACACUGCUCAACGUCUUGACUGGCCGCAAUUUGAAAAAUUACAUGCUGGAAGGCGAGGUGAAGGUCAACGGGGUCAGCCUAGGCAGCAGCAUCCGCAACAUUUCUGGCUACGUCCAGCAGGACGACCUGUUCAUCGGAACUCUUACUGUCCGUGAGACUCUGAGAUUCAGGGCAAUGCUGAGAAUGGACAAGAGUUUGAAACCCAAAGAUCGCCUUGCCAAGGUUGAAGAGGUUAUCAAAGAGAUGGGGCUGUCAAAGUGUGCCCAAACCCAGGUGGGGUCCAGCGGAAACAAAAGAGGCAUUUCUGGUGGAGAGAUGAAGCGACUGUCCUUCGCCUGCGAGAUGCUGACCAACCCUCCCAUCAUGUUUUGUGACGAGCCUACGUCAGGCUUGGACUCGUUCAUGGCGCAGAACAUCGUCCAGACUCUUCAAAACAUGGCCAGCAGGCAGCGCACCAUCCUGUGUACCAUCCACCAGCCCUCGUCCGAGAUAUACGCCUUGUUUGAUCAACUUCUCCUGAUGGCGGAAGGUAGGGUGGCCUUCAUGGGUUCCGCAAAACAAGCUUUGGAAUUUUUUAACAGCUUGAACUACGUGUGUCCACCAAACUUUAAUCCUUCUGAUUUCUUCGUCUUGACGCUGGCCAUUGUCCCAGAAAAAGAAGAUGAAUGCAGAAACAAAGUCAGGGCCAUAUGCGAUACGUUUUCACAAACGGAGCUGGGUGGGCAGAUUAUGAAAGACGUUAAACAAAUCGGCACCCUCAGGAGGCAGGACAGUUUAAUUGAAGAUGCUAGAAGAAACGAGUCGAGGUACCAGACCAGUUGGGGUCGCCAGUUCUUCAGUCUCUUGUGGAGAAGUUGGGUCUCUCUCAUCCGCGAUGUCAUCCUGCUCCGCGUACGUGUGAUCCAGACCCUGGUGAUUGCUUUGGCGCUGGGACUUAUCUACCUACGACUUAGUUACGACCAGAAAGGAGUCAUGAACCUCAAUGGCUUGUUCCUUCUCAUCAUGAAUGUCUCUUUUAGCAGCAUGUUCUCUGUUGUCAACUCCUUCCCGAAUGAAGUGGCCAUCUUCCUUCGAGAAUAUGGGUCUGGACUGUACAGGGUUGAUGUCUACUUCCUGUCCAAAAUUUUGGCAGAGUUGCCAACAUUUGUCGUGAUUCCAUUGCUGUUCAUCACCGUUGACUACUGGAUGAUAGGACUGUAUCAAACAGGAGAGGCAUACAUUAUCGCAGGAGCUGUCUUUGUUCUUGUUGCCAAUGUUGCUGUUUCGUUUGGCUACGUCAUCUCAACGGUUUCCCCGAAUGUGAACGUGGGCUUGGCUCUCGCCCCACCCUUGAUGAUUCCAUUAAUUUUGUUCGGUGGCUUCUUCCUCAAUGAUGAUUCUAUACCCGUCUACUUCAUCUGGCUGAAGUACUUAUCCUGGUUCAAGUAUGCAAAUGAGCUGCUUGCUGUCAACCAAUGGGAAAAUGUUGAUUAUCUAAGCUGUACUGGUGGCAACAGUACCAGCAUGGCUGACAGAUGUCUAUAUGGAAAUGGAACUGAUGUUCUGACCUAUCUGAGUUACUCAAAGGACGAUACGUCACUGAACGUGGGUCUACUUUUCGCCCUCCUCGUAGGAUACCGUCUGCUGGCCUUCCUCCUCCUCGCCAUCCGCGCCCGUCUGUCAAGGUCGUGAGCCAGUUUGUCAAGGUCAAGAGCCAGUUUGUCAAGGUCACGAACCCGUGUGUCUAAACUCACGAGUCAGCUCGCGCAGCGCGAGAACACACAGACUUCCACAAGGAACGUCACACAAGUCGAACAUUUUUCCACAGACUGUGUGGCAAAGACAGUGGUAUGAAUGAUACGCCACAGCUGUGGUAUGGACUGUCAUAUGAACCUCAGAUUUUGUGUCAUACCUGCGAAUAUUUAUAUUGCACGGAUGUAAAGCUCCAGACACAAACACAUGUACAGGUGAGAUAAGGAAUCUCACAUAAAUGUAACGGUUGAUCAGCAAACUGUGACAAAGAAAACAUUUUAUUUAAAACCCAGACUUUCUCUCUUUCCCCAUCCCUCCCCUCUUGACUAGUCCGGGACUAGGAAUGACAUGGUCCAAAACACCAGCUUUAAUUUUCUGUAUUUGUUACAUAUCUGUAAAAUUAUCUGUUUAGUUAGUUCACCCUGAACUACAAACGAUGUGGCAAGAACACAAAAAUGUGGACAUGACAUCUAGUCGGACACAUGGAUUGUUUACCAUUUGUACUACUAGAACUUGUAUACAAGCCACUUAGAAAACAAUGGAACAAAAUAAUUGUAGCUGUUUCAAACCGUUUGAUAGCAUAUAGUGUAGAGACGUUUGAAAGUACAACUUUUUACCGUUUAAAGAUGGAGGCCUCAGUAAAGUCCUAGUAAGCAUCUGAUUGUGUGUAUGCGAGCGCGCGUGCGUGCCUGAGGAAGGAAAACGCAUUAAGCAGAAGUUGUGACUAUCAUGUCUCGAAAGGAAGGAUAGUUGGUAGAUUGAAGCCUUUCUAAGACAGAAUUUGAUCUGGUGGACUAAUUUAUUUGAACUCUAUUUCUCUCACUAUUUUUGUGAUUAUGUCUUAGAAAGGCUGUGUUUUUCCCUUAGUGUCAACAUUUCAGGAAAUAUGUCAGGUUAUAUUGAGAAGUGUAAAUAUUCUGGUGCCUAGAAAUCGUCCUGGCUGACCUGAUAUAUUUGUGCGUUACUAAAGGUGUUAAUAAAUUAUUGAGUAGUUAA